AUGGCAACAAAUGAAGAACAUCAACAGUUUAUUAUUCCUGAUUUAAAUUUAGAGUAUUCAAAUGAUUUAGAUAUUGAUGGGAAUAUCGAAUUACAACAGCAGAAUUUACAAGAGCAAUUAAAUUAUCACAUCCCAAACCUCAACGAUGCUAUUAACAAUUAUACUUUCGAUCUCAAUGUUCUUCCAGAAUCUCCAAUGAGUGUUGAUGAGUUACCAUCACGUACACAAAAUCAAAGAAUUAAAAAAGAGUUGAACAAUGAUGAAAGAAGAGCUAUAUAUGACAUGCUAUUGGAGAAAAGUGUUGAUGGAAAAUUAAAACGAGGGAUUACAAACAUGGUGGCUGCAACAUUUUCAGUUUCGGUUCGUUCAAUUCAACGUAUUUGGAGACAAGCUAAACAAACUGAAAAUGGUGGAGUAUCUCAUAAAAAGACGGGAAAUUGUGGGCGGAAAAAAGUUGAAAUUGAUUUGGAACUAAUUCGGAGUGUCCCUUUACACAAACGGACAAGUUUAGAAUCUUUAGCAUGUUCUAUAAACAUGAGCAAAAAUAGAGUGUUUAAUCUUCUCAAAUCUGGUGCCAUCCGACGACAUUCGAAUGCCAUUAAGCCUUUUCUAAAAGAGGAAAAUAUGAGAGCUAGAUUACAAUUUUGCAUUUCGAUGCUUAAUGAAAGUAGCAUUCCUCACGAUCCGAUUUUUAAAGGAAUGUACAACAUCAUUCAUAUUGACGAGAAGUGGUUUUAUAUGACAAAAAAAUCAGAAAAAUACUACUUGUUGACAGUUGAAGAUGUAAUACCCCUAAUUUUCAAAAUAUGGAAUUUUUGA